UUUCAGUAUGGCGCCAAGCUCUUCCUCUCUCUCUUUUUUUUUUUUUUUCCUCACACUUAGAUCUUCCUUUUACAUAUACAAGUUUUUAUGCAGUUUUCUCUCUCUUUCUCUCUUUCCCUUAUGCUUUUUUUUUAUGACAAGUUUACAAUUUAAAGUUUAUUCCCCAUGCAUAUCAAACGUUACAAAACAUCCAAGUCCAACAACAACAACAACAAACGCGCACCAUCCCUUUAUAUACAUUACUGCUAGUAUCAGUAACAUCUUUUUUUAUUUUCCUGUUAUAUAUACAUUCCUAGAUAGAAUUCCUUUUUUUUUAGAAUAAAGAAAGAAAGAAAAAAAAAUACCAC